AUGUCUGCAACUCUGCUUCCUUCCUACUGUUGUUAUGGUUUCUUCGGCGCCGUCGAUGGCACUCACCUUUCCCAUCACCUCUUCUACUGGCCCAAGUACCCAGUCCAUGUUUCUGGUCCUUUCUCCAACGAAAGCGAUCUCAUCAAAGGUUUUGCUGCGAAGUCACGCUUGAAUGCUGAGGACAAUGACCGUAUUUCGUACCUGGCCAAUUUCUAUGAAGAACAGCUCAUGGUUUCUCUGGCAGUUGAAGGCAGAGCGCCAGUUUUCACCCAUUGCGAUUUGCAGCGGAAGAAUAUUCUGGUUGAGGAGGUGCAAGGGACGGCCAAAGACGAAAAGGACUUCCGCAUCUCGUUGGUUGAUUGGGAAUCGGCGGGCUGGUAUCCUGUGUACUGGGAGUACUUCGUUGCCUUUAUCUCGCUCAAAUGGGACGACGAUUGGUGCAGCAAGUUUGCGCAGGCUGUCGAUGCGUGGCCAGCUGAAGCUGGUAUGAUGAAGAUAGUAUAUCAGGAUUUGUGGCUGUGA